CGCGCGGCGCGCCCUGUGACACCGCGGGUCGUGGGAAGCCAGCUCCGGAAGUUAGUUGCUAGUGCAGUGAAUACGUCACCUUGGGAACAAAGAAAAUACAGCUUAAAUCUCGGAGAAGGUUACACGUAUGAAAAUGGCACAAGCAGUUACUACAAACUCUUCACAGUCCCGCGGAACUGGACAGAUGCUCAGAAUCAAUGUAACCAUGAUAAAGGACAUCUGGCGAUUGUCAGUAAUAACUAUGAGGCGGAACUUCUUAUCAAUAUCACAAAAAGCCAAGAUUAUGGUUGGGACAAACCGUUAUUUCUUGGAUUUUAUAAAGGAUUCGACGAUAUUUUGCAGUUUGUUGAGAAUAAAUCAAUCGUCGAGGAAGAAUACGACAAAUUUUCUACAAAGUGUGACAUUGCGGACACGAAAUUCUGCGGAACAUUUUUAGAAGAUGGAAGACUCUGUAUCGAAAAUUGCGACUUGGCAUUACCAUACAUUUGCGAAAUAAAUCUUGAGUUGAAUGAAACUGCAAACGUGGCUAAUUACGCUACAGUGUUGAAACUUGCUGAUGACUUCAUAAACAUUGUGACUAAUAUUUUUAGUUCCAUAAAUGAAGAAGAAGAUUAUAAACCAUUUAAUUCGACAGCAUAUGAAACACAUCGUCCUCUUACCACAAAUAUGACAGAGAAAAAUUAUUCUGCUAAUGUAAGUCUUAGUAAUGAACAGUUAACUGCUACAACAUUUGAUUUAAUAAAUGUCACUAGUCAAUCUAAUGCAAUAAUUGAGUCAGUAAAGGAAAGAAAUAAUUUGUUAUCGAAUUCUACAUCACCUGUCCCUUUUGUAAAUGUUAUAGAUAAGGCACAUGCCAUAGACCAAAAUUUUGCUACAAAUAGUACACUGUAUAGUAUUCCAAAGACUGAUGAUUAUAAAAACGUAACUGCUCAACCAAAUAGAUCAAGUGUUACAGUUAACACAAGUUCCAUAAACUAUACUUUGCCUUCAAAUUCAACUUCUUCUGAUUAUAUCGUUAAUACCUCAGAAUCAGCCGAUUCAAAUAACACCACACGUGUCACAAAUAACACCAGCACAAUAAGCCACGAUAUAUUCAAUUUUAAAUCUACUUAUAGUGACGCUAAUGAAACUGGUAAACCUGAUGGAGAUAUUGUUAUUACUUCUGUUACUUUACCAAAUGUUACUACUUCCAGCACGCCAAACGUUACACAUUAUAGCUUUUCGAAUAACUUGCCUAUUUUAUCAAAUGUAACAAACGCUAGCACUCAUUCGCCUACUCCUACUAAUUUAUUUAUUCCAAAUUCCAAUUAUACGUUAAUAAAUUACGAUAUAAUAGCACAAUCAAAGUUUAAUGCUACCGAUUCAAAUGGAAAUAUUAUAAAUGUAACAACUGAGACUGUAGAUGGAAUGGAUAUAAACAAUACGGGAAAUUACUUAAGUACGACAGAGAAAUAUAAUAUUACGACUUUAGAAAAUACGCACAUAAGAGAAAAAGAAAGGGAUAAUUACACAAAAGAUACAAAGGAACCAAAUAAUGAUUCAAAUAGUGAAGACACAAAAUACGGACCAUACUGCAUAUUUUACAAGGCAUAA